AACGGAUUGCUGCCAUGGAAACACCACUUCACAAUGAAUCUCCUCCCAAUCCCAGUACCUUUAAUAAUACCUUCACCCCAUCACCUCUACGGUGUGCUUAAACCACUUUUAUCAGCUGGUGGAGCAUUAUGAUUAUAACAUAUAAACUUGGGUAUUCCAAGAGGCACCGAGUGCAGAGUUCACACAGCUAAUAUAACCCUAAACCAAUUUCAACCGACGACAACAACGACAAGAACUGUCGAGAUAAACAGAUGACAUCAUUCUUGGGUUCUCAUCAAUUUGGUGGAAAGUCUGAAGCCCGGUCUGAAGUAAGCUGGGUGGGAAGGGAAAUUGAAUUUUAGCUUCAGUGUGGCAGUCGGUCGAUGGGGAAUCCAGUCACGUCGCUCUCCGCUCUCUGACAUCACUGCCCGGGCAUGAACAGUAUAGCAUAUCUAGGAUCAUUUGAUGCUAAAACCACCAUGAUAUGUCUUUUGUUAGCCGCUUCUUGUUUACUGCAUUUCGCAGCGGGCAAUACUGUUCGAUCGCGCCUAUAUACGAAGAUGUUAAUGGAUUACCAGGCGCUGAUGUCACCCAACCAAGAUACGGUUGCUGUUACCAUUAAUGUGGCGUUAUCGAUACAUCAAAUUGGGCAAGUGAAUGAAGCGGAUGGCACCGUAAAAGUAUGCUUCGGACUUUAUCAGAGUUGGAUGGACCCGACACUAUCUUGGGACAUGGAGGAGUAUAACAUAACAUCUAUCUACAUUCCAAGACAUGCUGUUUGGGAACCUGAUACUACAUUACACAUGGGGGUAGCUACCAAGGAGACCAGCUCUAAAAAUGUUCUUGUUUUUACGAGUGGAAAGGUGGCCGAUGUGAGUAUCAUGGAAGUCUCUUUACCAUGUGUCAAAGGAAAGCCAAGUGACGAAAGCAGCGAUGGUUUGGAUGAUGCAAUGAAUGGGAAGACAAGACGGAGGUGUACAUUGAAAAUGGGUUGUGCAAUCCAGUCUCUUGACGCCAUUUUGUACCACGCCACACCACCUGAUGUCACAGCUCUUGAAGACAUUAAGGAUGAGUGGUGGCUGGAUGGAGUGACUAUCAAGCAGGAGGUGCAAUCAAGACCAAGCCCCCAUGGACCGAUCUCCUUGGCAACCUUCGACUUCAACAUGAUCAGGAAGACAGCAACGACAAACACCCCUAUUCAGUUAGUGGCACCAUCCAUCAUGACAUCACUUGCAGCACUGGGUGUGUUCUUUCUCCCACCAAUGGCAGGAGAGAGGAUUCUUAUGGUAGGGAUGGCGUUUCUUGGACAACUCAUCCUUGCAGGAUUCAGCGUUCUCGUGCAGAUCCAGUCCCAUGAACAAACAGACUUGUACAACUUUAUGCUCUUUUCAACGGUUUAUAUUUUUCUCAUCAUUGCUGCUGUUUUAUUGUUGUUCUUUGUCCUUCCAUUGCUGAAGAGAUUCAAAACUAAAGAGGGCAAUACUGAAGAGGAUGGGGAGCAGUUGCUGACCAUAGCUGAAAAGAAACUUGUAUCAACAAUACCAGAUGCUGUUAUGUUCAUCAUUUUCAUCUCCUUAUACAUUGUCGGCUUGGCAACACUGUUCUCUUGAAAUGUGCAUGUUUCCUGUUUUUGAGGACAUGAUAUUCAUACCUGGGUGUGAUGCCAGUAUCAUCCAAAGCUUCAAAUGAUAACAUUAUCAAGUAAAAUAGACUAUAAUUAUGAGUAUUUCUGAGGGAGAAAACUGGAGAUUCUUCAUUAUGAACUUACAUUAAUUUGAAGAGGCAGUAGCCUUGCAGUAUCUUGUAAAAUUGAUUCCAUCUCUUGAAAAUUGAAUGAAAUGUAUUCAAUAUCUCUUUUUAGAUUUAAUUUAUCCACCGGUAUUAUAAAAUUCAUUUUAGAUCUUAGUGAAUCAUGCCUGGUUCAUAUCUUUAAGAGUUGCCAUUGAUUCAAAUUGUUCUUUUCUAUUGAAAGCAAGCAUUGCUAUUUUGUCAUUCAGAUUCUAGAAGGGAUAUGAAACUAUAUUUUUUUGUUAACAAAAUGUGACUUACUGAAUGGGAGGAUUAUAAAUCUUCACUUUUGGAGAAAGAUUAAUUCAAAAUGUAGUCAAGUGACAUCAGCAUUGUGAGAGUACAUGCACAUUUGCAGGGUUUUUAUGACAAAUGAUGGCAUUGCUUGCUGCCUAUAGUUUAAUUAUAAUUUUUAUAAAUACAUGGACCAUUCGGGUCUUUGUUACUGAUACCCUAAUACCCCUUUCAUAAACCCAAUUAUGCGGCAAAUAGCAGCAUAAUUUGGUCGUAAAAUCGGAGGACCAGAGUUUUCCGCAUUAGUUUGAUGCAGCUAUUAUCCGCAUAAUAGCAGCACCGGGACCAGAU